AUGACUAGAAUGAGAAAACUCACCGCGGCCGCUGGUGCGGUUAUCGCCACCGCGUACGGUGGCACCUUGAUCCUUCACAAUCCUUCAAUCUCCGCUAACGAUUUCGGAGGAGGAGGUUCACAUCUCGACGCUCUUCGGAAGAAGCUCCACGCUCCAGACGUUGUUGUUCCGUCGAGGGAGUCGCAUCAGUCGGCGUUGAUCGCUGCUAGUAAGGCGAAUCCACUUGAUGUUCUUGUCAUCGGUGGUGGUGCCACUGGUGCCGGUGCCGCACUUGAUGCCGUGACUCGUGGACUCAAUGUUGGACUCGUGGAACGGGAGGAUUUUGCUUCCGGUACUUCGUCGCGAUCCACUAAGCUUCUUCAUGGAGGUGUUCGUUACUUGGAGAAAGCCGUCUUUAAUCUUGACUAUGGACAAUACAAGUUAGUACUUCAUGCACUUGAUGAGCGUAAACAGGAAGACAACUGCUGCACUUAUCAAGAUAUUAUUCCACAAAAGACUGGUGCGGCAGUGCUGAACCACGCCGAAGUGGUUUCCUUACUGAAGGAUGAUGCUGGAAAACGGAUAAUUGGUGCACGAGUUCGAGACAAUUUAACUGGCAAGGAGUUUGAUACAUAUGCAAAAGUGAUUGUGAAUGCAAGUGGGCCAUUUUGCGACGCUUUAAGGAAAAUGGCCGACAAAAAUGCACAAGAAAUGAUUGCUCCUAGCAGUGGUGUACAUAUUAUACUCCCUGAUUAUUAUUCUCCUGAGGGAAUGGGAUUAAUUGUUCCUAAAACUAAAGAUGGACGUGUUGUUUUCAUGCUCCCUUGGAUGGGACGAACCAUCGCUGGUACUACAGAUUCUAAUACUAGCAUUACAUAUCUUCCAGAACCGCAUGAAGAUGAAAUACAAUUUAUAUUGGAUGCAAUAUCUGAUUACCUUAAUGUUAAGGUUCGGCGCACUGAUGUUCUUUCUGCUUGGAGUGGCAUUCGCCCAUUAGCAGUGGAUCCAACAGCAAAGAGUACUGAGAGUAUCUCAAGGGAUCAUGUUGUCUGUGAAGAUUACCCUGGCUUGGUCACAAUCACUGGUGGCAAGUGGACUACCUAUCGCAGUAUGGCUGAAGAUGCUGUUAAUGCUGCUAUAAAGUCUGGAAAGCUGACCCCUGCCAAUGGAUGUGUGACCAACAAGCUUUGCAUAGUUGGUGGUGAAGGGUGGGAGCUUUCUUCUUUUACAGUUCUUGCUCAACAGUAUAAGCGCAUGAAAAGUACACACGGUGGUAAAGUUGUUCCCGGGAUAAUGGACUCUGCUGCUGCAAAGCAUUUGUCUCAUGCAUAUGGAACAUUGGCAGAGCGAGUGGCUGCCAUUGCUCAGAAUGAAAAUUUGGGCAAGCGACUUGCCCACGGUUACCCAUAUCUGGAAGCAGAGGUAGCCUAUUGUGCUCGUAAUGAAUAUUGUGAAUCUGCUAUUGAUUUCAUUGCAAGAAGGACUCGUCUUGCUUUCCUUGAAACUGAUGCAGCAAAAAGGGCAUUGCCUCGUGUGAUUGAAAUAUUGGCAAAUGAGCACGAAUGGGACGAUUCAAGGAAAAAGGAAGAGUUGCAGAAGGCUACAGAUUUUUUGAAGACUUUUAAAUCCUCGCAAAAUGCACAGUUUUGUGAUGGGAAGCACCAUUAG